GAGCACAUAGUGCUGUAAUUUUCAUGAAUUUACAGUCCUGCUUCAAUAAAAAAAUAUAUAAAAUACUACAGUUCUGUGUCUUCUUCGUUCGUCUUCAAUGUUUACAGGAGAGAAACUUUUUUCUUAAAGGUUAAUGAGUAUGCAAAGAAAGAAACACUUUUAUAUUUAGUUAUAGUUCAUAAGCGAAAUGGUGUCGAACACAUGUCGUUCAAAGAGUUUUGUUGCAUGGUUCGUCUCAUUUUGAAAGGUUAGAACACAUACAGAAACGAAUCGAAGUUAGUUUAGUGUUAAAAAAAAAGAAGAUGCUAACUGAUGGAGGUUCGUUCAUCGGUAUCGUGCAGUCAUAAAGCAUGGAGACGUAUUGCAAAGAGAGAACGACGCAGACGUUUACGUUGUAAAGCUGCAAAGGAGCGAGAAGCAGACGAAGAACGAUUGAGGGCAGCACUCGAACGUACCGCGGAAUAUUUGAAUUGGUGCAAAGAAAAGGAACAGCGCGAGAAAGAGGAAGAAGAAUUAGAAAAACGAGAACACGAAGAAAGAGAAAAAUUGUGGCUCGCAGAAGAGGUUAAAGCACAAAAAGAAUGGCAUAUCCUUCAAGAACGAAAGGCAAGAGCUAGACAACAGCAAUUAGAGCAAGAAGAAAAAAUUCGAAAAGAGUUUGAGGCUAAACAAGAAAUUAUACGUAAAAAAGAAGAGGAAGAGAAACGUAAACGAGAAGAGGAGAUAAAACAAAGGGAACUACUGCAAAAGGAAAUCGAUGAUUAUAUAGAUGAGGGAAUAAAAACGCCUGAGGCUCUUAGAAAAACUAUCGACAGUCAACCUGGCAAAGAACUUUGUCCCUUCUUUUCUAAAACAGGUGCUUGCAGGUAUGGAGAUACAUGUUCCAGAAAUCAUCGUCGAGUUUGCUUAAGUAAGAUUCUUCUAAUACCUAAUUUUUAUUCACACUUUUCUCUGGAAAAGAAUACAACAGAAUAUGAUACAGACAUUGCAUUGGAAUUUGAAAAUUCUGAAACCAGACAACACUUUUGUGAAUUUUAUAAUGACGUUGUACCGGAAUUGGAAUUUCUAGGAAGAAUUAAGACUCUUAAACUAUGUUGCAAUACUGAAAUUCAUUUACGCGGUAAUUUGUACGUUGAGUAUUGUACAGAACGAGAAGCUGCGAAAGCAUUGAGAAAGCUAAAGGGUCGUUGGUACGCCGGCAGACAAUUGAAUUGUGAAUUUGCUAAUUUGAAAUCGUGGAGAAGUGCUGUGUGUGGUAUGUUAAAGUGUCCUAAAGGUAGAGCUUGCAACUUUCUGCACACUUUUAAAAAUCCUCAUGCUGAAUAUGAUAUCAAAAGUCCACCUCGUUAUUCAAAAGCUGUUGGUUCAGAAAGUAAUAGUAAAAGAAGUGAACAAAGAAAUAGAUCUACAUGGGAAGAAUACAUUUAUGAUGAAACUGAUGAAAGUAGAAAUUGGAGAUGGUCAGAAUCACCUGAAAUAGAAACACCUGAAAAACGUUUAAGAAAUAGUGAAAAACAAUACAGACAUACAAACGAAAAAAAUGGUCAUCGUUCUUCUAGAUACGAUAAAAAACAAGAUCGAAGUUCCAGAAGUUCCAGGAGAUUUAAAAAAACGUCUACAGAAAGAAAAAAUCAUCAUUCAAGUUCAAUUAGAUCUCGAAGGUGUUACGAGAAGAAACAUGAUAAUGACGAUUUUCAUAAGAACAAACGAUCCUUCAAAAAGUAUUCUAAUGAAAUAAAAAGGGAAUAUGAUAAUAGUGAUGAAAGUUAUGAAAGAAUGAAGACAAUUUCAAAAAAGUGCAAAUAUUCAAGAACAUAUUCUACAGUUGGUAACCAGGAUGAUGAAAAUACUAAAUCUAAGUCGAGACAAUCAGAGGAACAUGAUGAUUUUAAUUUUUCGAGUUUAAAAACCGAGAAUGACAUCAAUAGGCUUACAUCGGAAAAUAAAGAUAACGAUGUAAAAAAAAGGAAAAAGGAACCUAAAUCAAAGUGGGACAGUAAAAAUUUCGAUGAUACGUCUCUAGAAAGUGUAAACUCGAGUGAUUCUGAUUCUUCGUCUGAUAAUAGUGAAUUACGUAGGACUAUAAAUAAACGAUCUCCGGACGGUUGGACGACGACCGACUCUGAUAAUGAAGAAGAUAAUAAACGGAAAAUUUGUGAAAUCAAGAUUUUCUUAAGUCAACUAUAAUAAUCGUCUACAUUAUCUACCUCUGUUCAUCGAAUAGUGGCAUACAUAAAAAUAUUUUUUAAUUUGAUAACGGUCGUUAAUGUACGUGAAUUGUAGC